GGAGAGCCAAUGUCCAACAGCAGUUCCCUCAGUGAGUUCCUCCUCCUGGGAUUCACCAACAUGCGGGAGCUGCAGCUCUUGCACUUCUCGCUCUUUCUGGGCAUCUACCUGGCUGCCCUCCUGGGCAAUGGACUCAUCAUCACAGCUGUAGCCUGUGACCACCGCCUCCACACUCCCAUGUACUUCUUCCUCCUCAAUCUCUCUGUUCUUGACCUUGCCACCAUCUCCACCACUGUCCCCAAAUCCAUGGCCAAUUCCCUGUGGGACACCAGGGCCAUUUCUUACUCGGGAUGUGCUGCUCAAGUCUUUCUAUUUGUCUUUUCUUUAGGAGGAGAAUAUUCUCUUCUCACAGUUAUGGCCUAUGACCGCUACAUUGCCGUCUGCACACCCCUGCACUACAGCACACGCAUGGGCAGCAGAGCUUGUGUCGGAAUGGCAGCAGCUGCCUGGGCCAGUGGGUUUCUCUAUGCUGCCCUGCACACUGCUAACACUGUUUCCAUACCCCUUUGUCAAGGCAACACAGUGGACCAGUUCUUCUGUGAGAUUCCCCAGAUCCUCAAGCUCUCCUGCUCUGACUCCUACCUCAGGGAACUUGUGCUUCUUGUGGUUAGUGGCUGUUUAGCCUUAGGGUGUUUCAUUUUCAUUGUGCUGUCCUAUGUGCAGAUCUUCAUUGCUGUUUUGAGGAUCCCCUCUGAGCAGGGCCGGGACAAAGCCUUUUCCAUGUGCAUCCCGCACCUGACUGUGGUCUCCCUAUUUGUCAGCACUGGAUUUUUUGCCUACGUGAAGCCCCCCACCAUUUCCUCCCCAGGUCUGGAUCUGGCACUGGCUGUUCUAUACUCGGUGGUGCCUCCAACUUUGAACCCCCUCAUCUACAGCAUGAGGAACAAGGAGCUCAAGGAUGCACUGAGGAAACUUGUUCGAUGGCUCCAAUGUCAGCACCAAUAA